ACCGUUGCCUUGUGCUCUUCAGUUCCGAUACGCGAGCGUGAAAGAGAAGUGGCUGAUGUUCGCUGGCGUGCUCGCGUCCCUCAUUGCGGGCGUAUGCAUGCCGGCCAUGUUCAUUCUCUUUGGCGACGUCACGGACGCUUUCGUCUACAAUGACCUGCUUACCAGCAUUAAUAAUGAAACCAAUUUUUCGGCAAUCGUAGCUGCAAAUCCCGAUAUGGAGAAUGCGACGAUCGAUGAAAUCAUCCAGUACAUUACAGCCUCGUAUGGCAUCGAGGACUUCUUCCAAGAGAUCGUGAAAUUCGGGGCCGGCACCUUUAUCAUCGGAGCUGUUCAGAUGGUCAUGGGAUACAUCUUCGUCGCGUCCAUGAACUACGCGGCAGAAGGACAGGUAUAUAGGUUGCGAGGUAUGUUUCUAAAGAGCAUCUUAAGGCAAGAAAUUGGCUGGUUUGAUACUCAUCAGACCAAUGAUUUUGCCAGCAGAGUUACUGAGGACUUGAAUAAAUUACAAGAAGGAAUUGGUGAGAAAGUGGGCAUGUUCAUAUUCUUCAUGACCAUAUUCAUAGCCUCUCUCAUUAAUGCCUUUGUCCACGGAUGGGAACUCACGCUAGUCAUUUUGUCUGUGUUCCCACUCUUAGGAAUCUCUACUGGAAUUAUUGCAAAGGUUCAGUCUAGCUUAACAUCAGUAGAAAUGAAAGAGUAUGCGAAGGCAGGCAGCAUCGCAGAGGAAGUGAUAUCAGCCAUCAGGACAGUGGUUGCCUUUGGAGGAGAAGCUAAAGAAGUAGAAAGGUACGAUGCCAACCUUGUGCACGCCAAGCGAGCGGGCGUGAAGCGAGGCCUCGUGACGGGCGUGGGCAUGGGCUUGAUGUGGUUCCUGAUCUACGCGGCGUACGCUCUGGCCUUUUACUACGGCACCGGCCUCAUUCUAGAGUCAAGGACGGAUCCGAAUAGCAAUUUCAACCCCUCCAAUCUUAUCAUUGUAUUCUUCAGUGUGCUAAUGGGUGCUAUGAAUGUUGGUCAAGCAGCUCCAUAUAUUGAAGCCUUCAGUGUAGCCAGAGGAGCGGCUGCAACAAUCUUUGAUAUCAUUGAAAGAAAGUCGGCCAUCGACCCUACCAGCUCCGAUGGAGAAAAGCCUCCUUCUGUGAAGGGGAUGAUUGAGUUCAAAGAUGUCCGCUUCAACUACCCAUCAAGACCGGACGUGAGAGUGUUGCAGGGCGUGUCUCUAAGCAUAGAACCGGGGCAGACUGUGGCCUUGGUGGGUUCCUCCGGCUGCGGGAAAUCAACCUGUAUCCAGCUCAUACAACGGUUCUAUGACCCACUGGAUGGUCACGUGUUCCUAGAUGGCCGUGAAAUAAAGACUUUGAACAUCGGUUGGUUGCGAGACCAGAUUGGGGUUGUGGGCCAGGAGCCGGUCCUCUUUGCGACCAGCGUUGCCGAGAACAUAAGGUACGGCCGCGAAGGCGUUUCCAUGGAGGAUAUUCAGGCAGCGGCCAAAGAGGCCAAUGCUCAUGACUUCAUCAUGAAAUUGCCGAAGCAAUACGAAACAAACGUCGGCGAGCGAGGAAGCCAGAUGUCGGGGGGGCAGAAGCAGCGGAUUGCCAUUGCGCGAGCGCUGAUCAGGCAGCCCAAGAUUCUGCUCCUGGACGAAGCCACGUCGGCGCUGGACACACAGAGCGAGGCGGUUGUGCAGCAGGCGCUCGACAAGGUAAGGAAAGGGCGCACAACAGUGGUCGUGGCGCACCGCCUGUCCACCAUUAAACCUGCAAAUAAGAUCGUAGUCUUCAACAAAGGGAAGAUUGAGGAAGUGGGAACUCACAAUGAACUGAUGAAGCUGCAAGGGCUUUAUUACAAUCUUGUCACAGCUCAAGUCAAACCGCAAGAGGAAAAAGCAGAGAACAAGAGCAGCCCCCAAAAGGGGAAGGCUGAGGUCGAUGCGGCCCUCCUUGAAGGCGAAGCCCUCUCGGAGUUCAGCCAGGAUAUUAUUGAAGACCUGGCCAGCAUGUCCCCGGUGGCUCUCACGCGUAGCCCGUCCAUCCGCCAGUCCCUCAAGAGGCGCCGCGCUUCGUCCGUCAAGCCAGUUAAAAGUCCUCUGCGGAAUGUACAGGUGAGUAGGCAGGGGAGGGCUUGUGCUUCGUUAUUCCCUCUGACCAUUUUUUAUAGUUAUAAAAAUUAUUCUGUUUUUCUUCGUGAAAUGGUCUUAUACGUAUUUUUUUAUAUUUUAGAGCUGUGGUUCUUGUCAUUUUUAGUCACGGACCCAAGGUAGUUUAAAAGUACCUUG